CACAGCAGUUCCGACAGCCUUUCCUCUUCACCCUCGACAGAACAGCUGGACUCGAGCAUCGUCAAUCGCAACGUCCAUCUCUUUUUUUUCGCACUAACAAUCAUGUCAGCGCAUACGCUGAGUCCGAGGUCCUCAACAGAGAGUCUGCAGAGCAGCUCUUCCACCUACUCUAUCCCCGACAAACUCGCUCCUGCUCUUUCUAGUCCCAUGGCCUGGGAAGGCGCUGAGCUCGACCCUGCGCAGUACAUUGUCGAGCUCUCAAGGUCCGAGGUCGACAACAUCCGCGCUGCUGUGGUUGGCUUCAAGCUUCAAAGGCUCCCGCGCAGCGAGAUAUCUCAGCGCACGUUCCCUCUGGCGGCAGAGCUGACGCGCAAGCUUUCCGGUGUCAGCAAGGAGCUUCACCACGGUCCGGGCGUGGUAGUGUUGCGCGGCCUGGAGGCAGCGCGAUUCAACGACGAAGAAGCUGUGGUCGCCUUCGCCGGCGUCUGCUCAUACGUUGCAAGAGAGCGUGCAACAGACUCGUACGCCAACCAGACGCUCAGCCAUGUCCGCGAUGCCACGAAGGAGGUAGUGCCGGCGUGGGCGAAGGAUAUCGGGCUUGCCGGUUCCAAGAUUACAGCUGCAAUGGAUUUCCACAGCGAUCGAUUCUCCGGAGAUAUCCUUGCUAUGCACGUCAGGAACGAUGGUGGGUCGGGCACUGGAGGUGGUCAGUACGUCGCUAGCUUCUGGAAAAUAUACAACGAGCUGCUGAGGACUGAACCUGGUGUGCUGGAAACCAUGGCCGAGGCGGACUGGCCCUUCGAGCUGAAGCAAAAGAACCAAGCACCACACCUUGAACUUGGUCCGACCCUGUUCUUCUCGAGAGGCAAGCCCAUAUGCCAGCUUGUCAAAGCGCCGCUCCUCGGAAGCCCACGCAUCCAGCGGGACACAAGUAUGCCGAAAGUUUCAGACAAACAGAUGUACAGCAUGCAUGUUAUUCAGAACUUGGCGACGCGAUUGAGCACAAAGCUCGAUCGCAAGCAGGGCGACAUACAGUUCAUCAACAACUUGAGCAUCAUGCAUGCUCGCGAGGCAUACCAGGGAACCAAUGGGAAGGCGAGCACUCGACAUUUGCUGCGCAUGUUCCUUCGGGAUCCCGGGAACGCCUGGGAGAAGCCGUCCCGAUUCCGAAACAACUUUGACGACCCCUUCACGCCCGGCAGGUCCCAACAACUGCCCAUCAUCGACAUGGAUCCGUGGCGCGCUAUCAGUGGCCGCGAGAGCCAUGGCUGAAUGCAUUUCUGCGGAAUAGGAAGGGAUUUUGCGGCACUUUGGGCAGCGCAUCCAAGGCUGAAGCAUUUACCACGUUUCAUGGGAUAGCGAGGAGUAUGGUGUGUGCAUUUUGGAGGGAAACCUCACUUCUGUCAUUCGUUCGCACAUGGGACCUUGCUGCAUUUACAGUUAAUCACGCGGUUCUCCAUCGUACAUAAUUUCGUUUCUUGACAUACUGAAAUGAAACGGGUCUUCUGACAGUCUCGCACAAUAUAGAAAUUGGACUCGAAGGCAAUCUUCCCUCGCUGACAUGUGAUCUUACAGCGCGACCCGAAACGUCAUCAAGCCCCAGCUUCUUUGA